AUGUCCGCAUCCUGCGCCUUUUCCGAUCCCGAACCGUUGCGCAUGAAGCAUUCGAGCUACGCCUACCCGGAGGAUACCUACGUCUACGAGGGCGGCGCCGCGUACGAGCUGCCAGUUGAAGACUACGUCUACGACAGCUACAUGGAGCCGAGCACGUUGUCGUACGCGCACGACAGCAUCGCGUCCACCUCGACAGCGUCUUUGCGCACUCCGCCUCCAGCGACGUACAGGCCGAACUACGCGACUCCGGCUUGGAGUGCGUCACCGCCAUCUGCACAAUAUCCUAGCCGCCAUGUAGGACUGCAGGCGCCAGAGCCGCAAUACGCGACGUACACCUGCCGAUCUCCGCUCCUCGACGCCGACGUCGACUUUGACCAGUACUCUCGCUCGCACGGGUCCGCCUACGCCUCGCUCUCCUCAAGCACGUCGUCGGCGUACCCUUCUCAGUCUUCCUCUAGCCGUCGGUCGCACGGCGGAACCACCUAUGCGACCUACACGAUUCCCGCUCCUCCUCCUCGGGGGAUCAGGGCGUCAACCUUCACCUGUACGAUGUGCGGCUGGACCGCAGCGACACGCGAGCAGUACGACUUGCACCUCAAGGCGCACGACGGCGACUGUCUCUUCCAGUGCUUCAUUGGCGGGUGCGAGGCGGCGUACGGGACCGCGCAGGAGUUGCACCAGCAUUCGCGCUGGCACGAGCAGCGCGCGCUCGGAUCGAAGAGGUCUUGGUAUAGCGAGGCGGAUGCCGGAGGGUACGAGGAUGCGGUCAUGAUCGAUGGGCAGACGUACCUGUCGACGCCUCAGCGGAGCAAGAGGAUGUGCGUCGAGCCUAUCACGCCCGUGACGCCCUCGCUCGGCUUUGCGAACGGCCAGCGGCAACAACGACCGGUGACGGCCUCGGCAAUGCCGUACCAGUCCUCAGGCAUGAACGACUCGCCCAUGUUCACCUUCCAGCCUGAACAGCCGCCCUUCAAUCGCGCCGUCUCGUACGACUGCGGUCCGCGCAAGAAGGCGUCGCAGUCGUCGUUGUCAGGUCGCGCCACGUACGAAGUCGUCCACCCGCUGCCGAAGCAGACGCCGACUUCCUCCUCCUCCCGCGUCCUGCCCACCUUCACGCUUCCCGCUUCGCCCGCAACGUCGCACACCUCGAGCUAUGCGACGUACCCCCCUUCACUGGACUCGACCUACUCGACGCCUCGCACGCGCGCGACGUACUUCCCCCGCCAGCAACGCCUCGCCUCGCCUCUCCAGAUCCCUUCUAGCGCUCCCGUCGACCAAGGUCGCUUCCAGCCCUACCCGGACGUCGAGUCGUCGUCGAUGGAAGUCUCGUACUCGCUGCCGCAUCCUCCCACUCAGCGACGGACGAUCCACUCGCGCAGGCGGGAGAAGCCGAUGUCUACGUUCGCUCAGGAGCAGGUCGUCGAUUCAGGCUACGCCCCGAGCCGAGUCCCGCAGGUUCUUCAGUCGCCUGUCUCGCCCGCCGUUCCUUCUUACGGCAACGGUCCCGCUCUCGUCCCCAUCCCCGGCACGCCAACUUCGACAGGCCAGGCCCACAGCGCCCAUUCGUCUCGUGCGCCAUCGCCGGCUGCUUCUCGUCGUUCCUCUGGCGCUUCCAGCGGCUACACUUCGGCGCACGCGGCGCUCGUCUCGGCUGCCUCGAUGAACCGCCUCCUCUCCCGCAUGACUGCUCCGCCUUCGACUCCUCCUCCGCCGCCUCAACAAGCGUCUGCCGGCUCAAGCUACGAGUCCUCGUCUGUCUCAAAGACUGUGCAGCCUUCCCGCCCUACAACGCCCGACGCUUCUACCUCAACCGCGGCGGACAAGCCAAAGGAGCCGAAGCACCUCGUGUCGGCCAUCCACCCUCGCUACCGCCAAACCAGUCCGCCGACGCCAUCCGACUCGCCCGACAAACCGCGCAGACUGCACAAGUGCGAAUUCGAGGGGUGCGGGAAGGAGUUCAAGCGUCUCGAGCAUGUCAAGCGUCACGAGCGGACGCACACGCUCGAGAAGCCGUUCAUGUGCGACUUUCCCGGGUGCUCCAGGUUCUUCUCCCGCAACGACAACCUCGCGCAGCACCGCAAGACGCACGCCAAGAACGGAAAGACGACGCGGCUGCUCCACGCUCGCAUCGCCGCCGAGGAGCUCAAGCGGUCGCUGCCUGUCCCGCUCCAGUCUGUGCCCGCCGCGGUACACACCCUCCCCUCUUCACCCUGA